GCCCGUGAAGAGCUGAGGCCGGUGAAGGAGGACUUUGAAGCCAAAAACAAGCAGCUCCUGGAGGAAAUGCCCAAGUUUUACAGCAGCCGCAUCGAUUACUUCAAACCCAGCUUUGAGUCACUGGUCCGGGCACAGGUUGUCUACUACACCGAGAUGCAUAAAAUAUUUGGGGAGCUGACGGCGCAGAUCGACCGUCCCGGUUUGAGCGAUGAGCAGCGGGAGCGGGAGAACGACGCCAAGCUGAGCGAGCUCAGGGCUUUGUCCAUCGUGGCUGAUGACUGA